AUGGCGGCCCCCGAGCAGUUGUUUGUGUGGGAAGGAGACUCCGGGUUACCGUCUGUGGACUGGGACUGUCUGAGCGUGCUGGCCUACGCUCAGUUCUCUGGAGCUCCACUGAAGGUCCACAAGAUCAGCAACCCCUGGAGGAGCCCCUCAGGUUCACUUCCUGCUUUUAGGACCAAUCAGAGCGAGACUCUGACCCAACCCAAUGACAUCAUCAUCCACCUGCGGAAACAGAAGUAUAAUGCAGACUACGACCUGUCGGCAAAAGAGGGCGCUGACAGUUUGGCCUUCACCUCCUUGAUCCACGAGAAACUACGCCCUGCUCUGACCUACUGCUGGUGGGUGGACAGUAAGAACUAUGUGGAGGUGACCCGUCGCUGGUAUGCGGAGCACCUCCCGUUUCCUCUCAGUCUGUUCUCUCCUGGACGUAUGCAGCGGGAGGAGAAGGAGAAACUCAGACUCAUGCUGGGUCAGGAGGAGGUGGAGCCAGAGGAGACGCUGGAGAAGGAGUUGUUCCAGGAGGCAGCUGACUGCAUGAACCUUCUUUCUCAGAGACUUGGACAACACAAGUUCUUCUUCGGAGACUCACCCUCCUCUCUGGACGCUGUGGUCUUUGCUCAUCUCGUUCCUUUGAUGAAGACGUCGUUUCCAAAUUCCAAACUUCAGAAACAUCUGGAGUCGCUCAGUAACCUCUGUGUGUUCUGCUCCAACAUCCUGCAGCUCUACUUCCCCUGCGCCGGGCCAGCCCCGCCCCUUCGGCCUGGCCCCGCCCCCUCAGACGACGUGGAGCCGUACAGACGCAGGAAGCAGCUGCUGUCGCUGCUGGUGGCGGCGGGCGCCAUGUUCAGCUACGCCCUGGUCACAGGCAUCGUCUCUGUCACUAUGCACACGGGGGAGGAGCCUCCUGAGGAGGAGGAGGUGCUGCAGGAGAGGGAGGAGCAGUGA